AAUUCCAGCAGCAUUACCAUAAUAGGAUCUAGUUUUAUGAGCAGGUGUGACAAUCGCUUGUAUUUUACAUAGCAUUUUUCUCAGUUAUUGUAAACAUGCCGACAGUUUUGGAUCCGCAUUCAGGUCCAAAUACGGGGGAUGAGGGAUUCAUCUCUGCUGUAGAGCCAUGAAACCUCCCUGUUCCUCCUCCAGCUAAACCUGAACUCUGCAUUUUAUCUUCUCCACAGGGACACAGACCCGUUUUCAAUCAUAACUCUGACCUCAGACACCGGCGUGUGUGUGUGUGUGUUUUUCUCCCCUCUGCGUGGGGCGUACACUCCACUCCAUUCCACCACCCAUGCUGGCUAAUCCCUGGAUCCUUUGAGUAGGACCAUGAUUUGUGGGACGGUGUUGCCAGGGGGAAGGUGGUAGCGGUGGUGGCGCUCGGAUCCUGUUGGAAAUGACAGCUGAGGAAGGCGGAUUGGAGCUCGGGGACCAGAAAAGCAGCAGAGGCAGGAGAUAGCGAAGAAAGUGCCGCACUUCGCCGUUUUCAAAGGGGUUGCUGAGAUGGAGUCGCUGAUGAACGCGGUGACGCCGCGCUCGCCGGCCCCCGUUAAGAAGCUGUCCGAGGUGGACUUCCGCUCAGGGGCCACGCUGGAGCAGCUGUCGGCCCAGGUGUCGGAGCUGGUGCUGCUGGAGCAGGGGGAGUUUGGAGACCAGACCGCCUUAGAGGUCCACACUGCCAAGGACUUCAUCUUCAACAUGCUCGGUUUAGUCCAGAAGGUGGACCAGCGCCUCCCGGUGGCCAACGAGUACCUGCUGCUGUCCGGCGGCGCCCGGGAAGGCGUCCUGGACCUGAACCCGGAGGACCUGGGCGAGUACGCCAAGGGGGCCGACUUCGACCUGGACUUCACCCUGCUGGUUCCCGCCCUGAAGCUGCACGACCGCAACCAGCCGGUGACCUUGGACAUGAGGCGCUCGCCGCCGUGCCACUCCUGGCUCAGCCUGCGCCUCUGCGACUCCAACGUCCUGUCACGCUGGAGCGUCUGCUGCCAGGAGGACAGCGGGCUCCCCGCCGAGGAAGACGAGGAGGAGGAGGAGAUGGGUAAAGGCUCCAUCCCAUCGCUGGGCUCCCCUCAGUCCCUGGACGGCUGCUACUUCUCGCCCAGCCUGGUGGUGGACUGGUUCUGGGGGGUGGUGAGCGAGGCUGUGGAGGAGCUGAGGCGCAGCCCGCAGAGAGGCAUCCCGACCCCGGACCGGCUGGAGCGGAACGGACCCCUGACCACCAUCAUCCUCCAGGCGGGCUCCAGCCGGGUUCUGUACGACCUGCUGCCGGUGGUGUCGUUCCGGGGCUGGCCCGCCGUGGCCCAGGGCUGGCUGACGGCCAACCACUUCUGGGACGGUAAAAUCACGGAGGAAGAAGCCAUCUCCGGGUUCUACCUGCUGCCCUGCUGCUCCCCGCUGGGCGGCCGGCCCGACCGCGAGUGGAGGCUGGCCUUCUCCCGCAGCGAGGUCCAGCUCAAGAAGUGCAUCCCGUACCCGAUGGCGCAGGCCUUCCAGGCGGCCAAGGCGGUUCUGUCCCGCAUCCUGGCCCGGCCUCGAUCCGGCCUCAGCCUCUACCACCUGCGCACGCUGCUGUUCUGGGCCUGCGACCGACUCCCAUCCGCCUACCUGUCCUGCCCCGAGCCCGACGCCCCCGGCCGCCUCCUCCUGGGUCUGCUGGACGACCUGGCGCACUGCAUCCUGGGUAAGAACUGCCCCAACUACUUCCUGCCGCAGUGCAACAUGCUGGAGCACCUGAGCGACGGCCAGGCGCUGCUGGUGGCCAGGAAGCUGGCCCACGUGCGUUCGGACCCCAGCGAACACCUGCGGGCCGCCCUGGACCAGGCGCGGCAGGCGGGCCAGCUGAAGAAGGAGCUGGCGGGCGGCGCCGCCAACGGACACGGUUCGCCAGGACUCCACCCGGCCAACGGCAUCAUCUCGCCGUCGGAGGACAAGCUGGCGCAGCGGCUGCAGCAGCUGGUGACGGAGAACCCCGGGAAGUCCAUCUCGGUCUUCCUGAACCCCGACGACGUGUCGCGGCCGCACUUCCGCAUCGACGACAAGUUCUACUGAGAGUCUGGAACCGGACCCUGCUGCUCUGUUAAGGCAGUAUGUCACUUUUAUAAAAAUAUUUGUUAAAAUUGUCAUCAUGUUGUGACAGUUUUUGAGACAGAUAAUCAAGAUUAUUUCAGUGCAAACAAGAAACAACCAAUCAGAGCCUGGAGGCGGGUCUUAGUGCUGUCAAUCAGGCUAGUGUGCACUUUGCUACAAUACAGCUUGUCAGCAGAGCCCAUCGUGAAUGCUAAAGCUAGUUAGUGUAGCCACCGACAACUUGGCUUGUCACAACAACAAAUUUACUUUGUGAUAACGUCUGGGGCGAUAAAUUGUCCCAGACGUUAAUCGUGAUAAAUAAUUUUGUUUUGAGAACAUUUUCAAGUAAUAGAGAUAAUAACGCAAGAACACAUUCUCACAGACCAAAGAACAUUUUAACACUGGAACAGGAAGUCGUUUUAAAUAUCUAAAAUAAAUAAACAGAGCAACAGGAACAAGAAUUAAAAUGAAUUCACUCUAAAUAAAACUGUCCUUCAUUUAAAAAAAGAGGCUGGUUGAGACCAAAACACCAAACUGAAGAGAAGAACUAAAUAUCAUCCAAAUAGAAAUGAUUGACAUUGUUUUAAUUAUUUGAUUUAUUUCAGCAAAUCCAUCGAUGAUGGCAGAUAAAUGGUUUUUCUGUAAUGGUGAGUUGUUUUUACGCCAUUCGCACAUUUAGGAGCGCAUCCAUGAUUGACAGCGCUAAGGCCCUCCUCCUGGCUCUGAUUGGCUGUUUUUGAUCUUGAGCAUUUAUUCAAAUCACCUGUCUCUCACAGAAUAGUGACAGUUUUAACAAAUACGUAAAAAAAAUUUAAUAAAAGUUACACACUCCAACUUUAAGUCUUAAAACCAAAACAAAAACAUUUCCUCCUGAAAGUAGGCGUCCAGUUGAUCUGCUGUUGCUACGGCGACGGUCGUCUCCUACCGAGCUGGCCUUAAGGAGACCGAACAGCUGUAGCCUGGACGUGAAAACGCCUGUGUUGGUCGUUUCUUUUGUUUGUUUUGUUUAUUUUUUAAGCGAGAACCAGAGACUGUGUUCAUGUCUGCCUUAGGGGGUCCGAACACGGCGAACCCUCCACAGAACCCUCCUGACUCGCUCCGUUUCGUUUCACAUCGCAGCGGCCGACGGAUGAGUCAGAAGAAAAUGAGCUGAUGAAACAGACUGUAACUGCAAAGUCUGCAAGAAAAGAGUCUUUUUGUUUUGUUUUUUUUACUACUUUUCUGUUAUUUUACACUCGGUUUGUGCGACGGUUUCUUUGACUUCUCUCAGGUAUGCACAAAGUUUCCUGUUUUUCUUUCCUUUUUUAAAGCCUCUAAUGACGUUUCACGUCUUCCAAAGAGCCGCAAAUGAAUUGGUCUCAGAAGCAGAAGCGCCACAAUCAGAAUAUAAAGGUACAUUUCCCUCCUUCAAAAGUCAAGUAAAUUUAGUCAGUUCAUCUUUAAGGAAUCAGCAAAACAAAUCGACUUCCUCCAAAGACGAAUAAACGCUCCUUUCAUCUCAGGUUUCUUUUUAUUCGAGCUGAUUAGCUUUUUAUUGUUUUGAUCAAUUUAAGCCGCUCUGCAGAGGAACUUUAAACUAAAAAUAUGCUAUUGGCUCUAAAAUGUACAACACCGUAUUAGUGUAGAUAAAAAAAAUAAAUGAAAGUUUUGCCAAAAAACUGAGAUAAAGCUCAAAUUUUCUAGAAAAAACAAAUACA